AUGAAUAAUUCCAACUAUAUCCUUAUGCUCAACUCCAACAAAUGGGAGGAGCGUGUCAAGGCCACGACGGAUUUCUACACGCAGCUUGUAAAGAAGGAUAAUUCCAAAGAGCUAUACGCACUUAUGUCCCAGAAUGCCGCUAGUGGAGCCAACGUGGGCAGCAUCAUCUACAACAUCGUGGUGGGCGCCGUCUAUUGUAUACCAACCGCCGGCAACUUCAUUGCACUGGGUCUGACCGCGGUCUGGAACAUCGUCACCGAGGUGAGCAAGAAGCAAGAGAACACCUCCGAGCUCAUCACAUCAUUCAAGAAGAUGAUCCAGACGAUCGUCGACGAUAGCAUCACCAUCUAUGACAACGAGACCCUCAUCGCUCACUACAAGACUUGCUCAACACAUAUCGUCAAGUAUGCCGAUGACAUUCGUAAUCUCAGGGCCGCACCUACUGAGACAAAUCGCAGGACAGAGGUGAGGGAGACUGUCAAGUUGGCUUUGGACAAUCUACAACAAGGAAUCGACUUGGCCUCAAAGCAAUCGUUUGCCGUGAGUGAGUUGUUCAUAUACUCUCUGAUGGCCACAACGAGAAUGUUGCUGCUGAGGGACCUCUGUAUGAAUGGCACCUCCUGGGACAUCCCUGCCGCAUCAAUCAACUCCAGCUACCUGCCAGAGUUGAGGAAGAACAUUGUAACCUACACCAAGUGGUGCAUGGACACGUACAAGGUGGGCUACACCAAGUUGAAGGCUGACAACACCGACGACGUCAACCUGUUCAACAAGAUCCAGCAGUACCGCAACUUCAUGAUCACUGAGAUCUUUGACGUUGUGUCGAUUUGGCCCUUCCUGGACCCGUCGCAGUACCCUAACUGCGCAGUGUUUCUCCAACGCCCCCGUGUGUUGCUCGGUCCAACCAUCGGAUGUCCAACCGUUGGCACGACCAAGGGCGAUGGCUACUACAGCACAAAGUGCACGGAGCUCGAGAAACUGGUCGCCACGAACAAGUACUAUGUGUGGCGCGGUGAUCACGAGAAGCUCUACAUGUCCAAAGACGAGACUGGCCAGCGCUUCACAAGCAUCAGCAAUGGAUUCGUAGCGCAUGACAGUGACGCGGUGCAUCGCGAUACCACGGUCGCAGGCACCAUUGUCGGCAAAGAGGAGAGCAUCGGCUUUAGUGAUUCGGCCAACGAGUCGGUGACAGUCAACUACGACGUCAUCCCACGCAGCAUCAUCCUCAGCGUGGGCGGGUCGAUCAAGUGCUCCGAGGACCAGACCAAGUUCCCCUGGUGCGACACCGAAUUCUCGUGGCAUCGCCACCAGAAGCAGUAUCCAUUCCCCAACAUCGACAGCUCCAACAAGUACUACCAUCUCUGGGAGAUCACUGGCGAGUAUGCCAACGUAGGUGCAUCGUACGUCAAUGGCCUGACUGUCUAUGGCAACUCGAGCAGGACGGUCAAGUACCCCAACCACAAGGUGCAUGCCAUCUGGUCGUGGGGCACCAACACCGAUGGCGCCAUCCGUGCGGCCGGCUGCGUCGAUUCGGUGUUUGCAGCGUUUGUCGAUGGCAAUGUGUUCAACUACAACACGGUCAUACCGUCCAAUAGGGCGCAGGUCAUUGAUUCCAGCAAGUACUUUCAGCUGAUGAACGGCGCAACCAUCGAGCAGGAGAUCUUUGGCCCGGGCGGCGCCGCCUUGCUCGUCAAAGCCAAUGAGCAGGGGGCGUCGUACACCUUCCAUACGGGCAACUGGGCCGCCAACAAGAAGUACACAUUCUUUAUGCGCGCCACUGUCCGGGCUGCGACGGCCACCACCAUCUUUAUGCGCACCAAUGACAAGCGCGGUGCGACGAUCACCGUGCCAGUGCCAGCCAACCCAACAGGAUUUUCAAUUGUCGGUGGUAAUCUAUGCAACUUCCAAAUAUCAUCAGAUGGACAAGCUGUCGAAAUUGGAACAAAUGGAUCAGUUCCGGUUUACAUUCGUAAUAUAAUCCUGAUCAGGGACAAAGAAGUCACUGCUGCA